AUACUGUUUAUUCUCUUCGUUUUAACUCCCGCGGUAUCUCUCUUUCUCGUUAUCGGUGUUCGCGAUUGAUCAUCCGUCAAAAGAGAUGCACGGAGAUGAUUGCUCGUCGCUCCUGUUGUUCCGUUGUGAUCUGAUUGUCGCGCGAAAAAAAAAAAAAAAAAAAAACAUCUCGGCGAGGGUUGAUUGCAAAACAACAUCCGGCCGGCGUCCGGCGAACAAUGAGCACGUUCGUCAUUGCGGUGAUAAAUGUCAUUGAUAUAGCACCGUGAUUGUCGCGACGGUUCCGCCGUUCGCGACUACGUACGUACGUUUGUCCGACAUGUGCGCGGUGAAUUUGUUAUUAUUAUUAUUAUUAUUCUUUUUAUCGCACUCUCGUUCUUCCGCAUAAAUAUAUAUACACGUGGUCCAACGGUGGUGUCGUCCAGGUGCCGCGUCCUAAUUUAUUAUGACUGAUUUUUGACGGAAUCGCAACAACCUUUGUUUCUGUCGGUGGAGUGAUCCUCGCGUAUUAAGGAAAAUGGUCGCAGAAAAGUACGGCAAGCUCGAACCCGAGCUGGCGGAGGAAUUGCGCACGAUCGCCCAACAGAUCGUGGCGCCCGGCAGAGGAAUUCUGGCCGCUGACGAGUCAACCACAACGAUCGGCAAACGUUUACAGGACAUCAAUGUCGAGAACACCGAGGACAACCGCAAGGCUUACAGGCAACUUCUUUUCACCACAGCGAAGGAUGUCAUCGGACAGCACAUCUCCGGCGUGAUCCUCUUUCACGAAACGCUCUAUCAAAAGGCUGAUGACGGCACGCCGUUUGUCGAGCUGCUGAAGCAGCGUAAUAUCAUCCCAGGUAUCAAAGUCGACAAAGGCGUCGUUCCGCUCUUCGGCACCGACAACGAAUGCACGACCCAGGGCCUUGACGAUCUCCAGGCGCGCUGCAUCCAGUACAAGAAGGACGGUUGCCACUUCGCUAAGUGGCGAUGCGUUUUGAAGAUCACGAAGGACACGCCGAGCAAACUCGCAAUCCUGGAGAAUGCCAAUGUGCUGGCACGCUACGCUUCUAUCUGCCAGAGCGCCAGGAUUGUGCCGAUUGUGGAGCCCGAAAUUCUUCCUGACGGUGACCACGACCUCGCCCGUUGCCAACAGGUCACGGAGGAGGUUUUGGCAGCUGUUUACAAGGCGCUCGCGGAUCAUCACGUGUAUCUUGAGGGAACGUUGCUGAAGCCCAACAUGGUAACACCGGGUCAGAGCUGUCCGAACAAAGCGACUCCCCAGCAGAUCGCCGCCGCCACGGUGACAGCAUUGCUGCGCACCGUGCCACCGGCGGUGCCCGGCAUCACCUUCCUCAGCGGCGGUCAGUCUGAAGAAGAGGCGUCAGUCAACUUGGACGCCAUCAACAAACACCCGGCGAAGAAACCCUGGGCGUUGACAUUCAGCUACGGGCGCGCUCUUCAGGCUUCUGUACUCCGUGCUUGGCAGGGCAAGGCUGAUCAGGUCGCUGCCGGUCAGCAAGAAUUGUUGAAGAGAGCCAAGGCGAACGGUUUAGCUUGCCAAGGCAAUUACGUCGCCGGCAGCAUUUCUAGCAAAGCCGCUGAUGCCUCGAACUUCGUCAAAGCUCACGCCUACUAAAAAAACAAAAUCUCACUUUUCCGCACAGUUCGUUUUCUAUGUCAGCUAACAGCGAGUCGGCGCUUGGCAAGUACGCGGGUGGUGUUUCCGGCGCCGCGGGAGACGCGGCGCUCUUUGUCGCCAACCACGCGUAC